GAUUAGAAUGCAUUUGAGGUUAAUUUAAGAUGAAUUUCAUUUCAUUUACACGAACUUUUCUUUUUUAAAACUAGAAGGCGGGUACCUUCACUCACACAAACCAACCCACAGCCCACGCCGCAGUCGAGAAGAACGAAAAAGGAAAAAAAACUUCAAAUCCAAGCUGAGGAUCAUACAGAAUGGCGGAUGGUGAGGAUAUUCAGCCUCUUGUUUGCGACAAUGGGACUGGAAUGGUGAAGGCUGGAUUUGCCGGAGAUGAUGCACCAAGGGCGGUGUUUCCGAGUAUUGUGGGACGCCCUCGCCACACAGGAGUGAUGGUGGGGAUGGGGCAGAAAGAUGCCUAUGUAGGAGAUGAGGCUCAAUCAAAGAGGGGUAUUUUGACAUUAAAAUAUCCAAUUGAGCAUGGGAUUGUUAGUAACUGGGAUGAUAUGGAGAAAAUCUGGCAUCAUACAUUUUACAAUGAGCUGCGUGUGGCACCUGAGGAGCAUCCGGUUCUUCUCACUGAGGCUCCUCUGAAUCCCAAGGCUAAUCGUGAGAAAAUGACCCAGAUAAUGUUUGAGACUUUCAACACUCCUGCUAUGUAUGUUGCUAUUCAGGCUGUUCUUUCUCUGUAUGCUAGCGGUCGUACAACUGGUAUUGUUUUGGACUCUGGAGAUGGUGUGAGUCACACAGUUCCCAUCUAUGAAGGCUAUGCCCUUCCACAUGCCAUUCUUCGUCUCGAUUUGGCAGGUCGUGACCUUACAGACGCACUUAUGAAAAUCUUGACUGAGCGUGGUUACUCUUUCACCACAACAGCUGAACGGGAAAUUGUAAGGGACAUGAAGGAGAAACUAGCCUACAUAGCUCUUGAUUACGAACAAGAGCUAGAGACGGCAAAGACCAGCUCAUCUGUAGAGAAGAGCUAUGAACUACCUGAUGGACAGGUCAUCACUAUCGGGGCUGAACGGUUCCGGUGUCCUGAAGUCCUCUUCCAACCAUCCAUGAUUGGAAUGGAAGCUGCUGGCAUUCACGAAACCACAUACAACUCUAUCAUGAAGUGUGAUGUUGAUAUCAGGAAGGAUCUCUACGGCAACAUUGUUCUCAGCGGUGGCUCCACUAUGUUCCCAGGCAUUGCCGAUAGAAUGAGCAAGGAGAUCACAGCAUUAGCCCCAAGUAGCAUGAAGAUCAAGGUGGUAGCACCACCGGAGAGGAAAUACAGUGUCUGGAUCGGAGGCUCCAUUUUGGCUUCCCUNAAAAAAAAUAUUUCCUUACUAUUUCCUUAUUUGUUUACACUAAAAACUUCGUGCGAGAUCAAGUUAUCGUAA